CGCGCGCGCAGGACUGGGGGCGCGCGGAGGGGAGGGUACAGAUGAGGAACCAAGGCUCAGAGAAAUGCAGCAACUUUCCGAUGAUCACACAGCUGCAAGUGGCAGCACCAGGCCUGGAACUUGGUCCUUCUGAGCCCAGAGUCUGUGUUCCUCCUGCUCUGCUUCAUGGCCAUGCCUCCUUGAACCUUCUGGCUUGAGCCACCUUCCCUCCUGCUUGUCAAAUCGGAUCAACAGGUAGAAAUGUGUGUGCAUUAAAGGUCUCAGCCUUCUUAACCACCAAUAUAUCAAGCUCCUCUCAAGCCUGGUGAUCCCAGGACCUACUGUCUGAUCUACUCCAACUGGAGAGCUUUGGAAAACAAGUCUGCUUGAACAUAAGGGCGACUGGCAAGUCCCCAGGAUGGAAACGGAAUACCUGAAGAAGUGCUUUGGAAAUUCCUUGUCCCAGGCACUGGCAGAAGUGGCGAAGGUUCAGCCCAAUGACCCAAUAGAGUUCCUGGCUCAAUGGCUUUAUCAUUACAGGAAAAUAGCUCUAGCAAAUGAAAAGAAUAUGCAAGAACAGAUCCAGCUGAAGGAGGAAUAUGAGAACAGCCUCAGGGAAAAGGAAAUGGCAGCAAUGAUGAAACAAGAAGAGCUUCAGAUUCAACAGAAGUGUAAAGAGUGUCGCAAGAAAUCGAUUUCCCUAACCACUUUCAAAAAGAAAGUCUCAUUCAAGCAGGAAGACACAGAACCCGUUGAAGAGGGGUCCUUGGAGCAGGAAUCCCUGCCGGAUACUCCAGCAAUGCCUUACCAGAUUCCUUCUUCAGAGCUAGUUGAGGAGAUUGAGCAGAACUUGGAAUCCCCAUAAGAUCAAAUCACCAGGAGGCUUUUCCCUGCGAAGUUGCUGAUUAAAAUGCCUUCUGACUCCAAAUCUCCUUUUUUAAUUAUCAGAAUGGGAAGAAUUUGAGUGAUCCUUCCCUCAACCCUGCAGUCCAAGAAAAUAGCCCUGCAACAGAGCUCCUGCCAACCAAGGUUGGCAGGACUCUGAAAGGAGGUAUCUGCAGGGCCUCUUCAGCCUGGACAGGCAGCUAGCCAU